AUGGUGCCGAUUCUGCUGUUGAUCGCACUUCUGGCUGUCAGCUCGAGCGUUCGAUCGAACGCCACUCUCGUGUGUCCGAAGCAAUACAACGCGAUCAACGGGUUAUGCAUUAAACUGUUCACAACGUCGAUGCGUCAUGCUGAUGCGGUGGCGACGUGCGCUGAAGACAACGGACAUCUGGUCGCGAUUCACAAUGCAAUUGAUAACACUGGAAUUGUAAAUGCAGUUAUCGAAAAAACGCAAAGCUCAGUCUGGAUUGGACUUAAAUGCUCACAGGAUUCCGAUCCAUCGUCUUGCCUUUGGGACAACAAUUCGGGAAACGCGCAAUCAUAUAACAACUUUGCUCCAGGCUAUCCGCUACCGACUUCGUUGGGAAAUUGCGUGUUCAUGGCGACAGUGGGCCAAUUGAAGGGAAAGUGGGUUAGCGCCGAUUGCGACCAACUACAAACCGCUUUCGUUUGUGAAACCGCGAAAGUAAAUCCAGAUGGUGAUGACUGUCCAUAUCAGUUCGGUGGUUACUGCUACUUCCCGACGCUCACCGCUCUUACCGAAAGCGAUGCGGAGUACAGUUGUAUUCACGAGGAAUGCGGAAAUUUGGUCUCGAUUCAUAGCGGCGAUGAGAAUCUGUUUGUGAUGAGCCUGUUCGCUAACAAUGUGCCAACAUAUAUCCGAAUUGGCGGAAUGUCGACGGGAGCUACUACUUUUGCAUGGACCGAUGGAACUGCUUUUGAUUACAACAAUGUUGGGUAUGCGAAUCAACAACUCGGUCAGUGCUUGAGCAUGGCGCUGAAGGAUGAUAUUGUUGGAAAGAGCAAGUGGAUUAACAGCCAUUGCGAAACCUCACUUCCAUUUGUCUGUAAGAGAAAAGCUGGAAAAGGUUGUGGAACUACUGUGGGACCAACACAAUCCCCCUCGCAGUGCAACGGGCCACAGUUCUAUGAUAAUUCAGGAACAUUCUAUUCCCCAAGCUGGCCUUACACAUACGCUGGAGCUGCUGGUGUCUGCAGCUAUGUAAUCUCGACACCGCUUGGAUCAAAAGCCCUAAUUCAGUUCCCAGUUCUUCAAUUGGAUCCAUCGGCUACCAUUGCACUUUACAAUCAAAUCGAGGAUAGCAACCCAUUCCAAGUUUUGAAGGCAGGUACUGUCGCUGGUCAAUGGUAUUCAUCCACAACGAACACCAUGAAAGUGAUGUUUCGGCCGUCAUCGAAUCUCGACGGAGCUACCAAUGUCUACAGGUGGCAGGCAAACUUUAAGCCGUCGAUUAUUAAUCCCACUGCUUCGCCGCCUGUCACUAUCACUCCGGAUCCACUAAAUCCGUCUGGAUGUAAUAACACAUUGCUCGCUGCUCCUGGACAAAUCACCUCGCCGAACUAUCCGAACCUCUACCCAAAUUAUCUUGAAUGCUUAUAUCAUUUGACAACCGAUGGCGGAUACAGAAUUCGAUUGGAUUUCGAUGAGGUGCAAACCGAGAGAUGCUGUGAUAUUAUUGUUGUUCACGAUGGACCGGAGUUGAGUAGCCCGGAAAUGGGAAGACUCAGCGGAAGCAUCCCCGCUCACACGAAAAUCUUCCAGUCCACUUCAAAUUCUAUGCUUGUCACGUUCACAACAGAUUCAUCAGGUCAAGCAAAGGGAUUCCGAGCAUAUUAUGGAGCUGUGUAA